AUGCGGGGGAAAAGGGUGAACAAUAGGGCUCAAUUAAGUCUCAUCGGAUCUCGGACAGAAAACCUCGAAAGGUUUGUUAGUGUGACAGGAUCUCGGACAGAAAACCUCGAAAGGUUUGUUAGUGGGACAGGAUCUCGGACAGAAAAAUCUCGAAAGGAUCUCGGACAGAAAACCUCGAAAGGUUUGUUAGUGGGACAGGAUCUCGGACAGAAAAAUCUCGAAAGGUUUGUUAGUGUGACAGGAUCUCGGACAGAAAACCUCGAAAGGUAUGUUAGUGUGACAGGAUCUCGGGCAGAAAACCUCGAAAGGUUUGUUAGUGUGACAGGAUCUCGGACAGAAAACCUCGAAAGGUAUGUUAGUGUGACAGGAUCUCGGGCAGAAAACCUCGAAAGGUUUGUUAGUGUGACAGGAUCUCGGACAGAAAACCUCGAAAGGUUUGUUAGUGUGACAGGAUCGCGGACAGAAAACCUCGAAAGGUUUGUUAGUGUGACAGGAUCUCGGACAGAAAACCUCGAAAGGUUUGUUAGUGUGACAGGAUCUCGGGCAGAAAACCUCGAAAGGUAUGUUAGUGGGACAGUAUCUCGGACAGAAAACCUCGAAAGGUUUGUUAGUGUGACAGGAUCUCGGACAGAAAACCUCGAAAGGUUUGUUAGUGUGACAGGAUCGCGGACAGAAAAACCUGGAAAGUGGGACAGGAUCUCGAACGGAGAAACCUGGAAAGGUUUGUUAGUGGUACAGGAUCACGGACAGAAAAACCUGGAAAGGUUUGUUAGUGAGACAGGAUCUCGGACAGAAAACCUCGAAAGGUUUGUUAGUGGGACAGGAUCACGGACAGAAAACCUCGAAAGGUUUGUUAGUGGGACAGGAUCACGGACAGAAAACCUCGAAAGGUUUGUUAGUGGGACAGGAUCACGGACAGAAAACCUCGAAAGGUUUGUUAGUGGGACAGGAUCUCGGACAGAAAACCUCGAAAGGUUUGUUAGUGGGACAGUAUCUCGGACAGAAAAAUCUCGAAAGGUUUGUUAG